AUGAAGGGUUCUAUUUUGGCAGAAGGAGUCACAUCAAAGAAGAUAUUUGCUGUGGCUAUCCUGCUCGCAGUAAACUUACUAAAUUAUAUGGAUCGUUUUACGAUCGCUGGAUUACUUGGAGCACUUCAGGAUUAUUUCUUUUUGAACGAUAAAGAAGCAGGAAUGUUACAGACAGUUUUUAUUGUUUUCUUCAUGCUGUUCGCUCCGGUAUGUGGAUAUUUUGGGGACCGAUACAAUCGGAAAUUCAUUAUUAUUGCUGGCCUUAUAGUUUGGAUAAGUGGUGUUAUGCUGUCGACAUUGAUUGGACGAAAUCAUUUCCUUCUGUUCUUGUUCCUACGAGGAGUAGUUGGUAUUGGCGAAGCGACUUAUUCAACGGUCGCUCCUACCAUAAUCGGCGACAUCUUCAUUGGUCCGAUGCGAAGCAUUGCUUUGAUGGUGUUUUAUUUUGCUAUACCUGUUGGCAGUGGGUUGGGAUUCAUUGGUGGCUCAUCAAUUGCUCUGUGGACUGGAAGCUGGCAGUGGGGCGUGAGGUUCACCCCCAUAAUUGGCGUAUUUUUCCUUAUCCUUAUAAUUUUUGGGCUUGAGGAGCCAGCACGAGGUCAAGCUGAGCAUGCUCAAACCGAGCCAAGCACAUUAAUGCAGGAUCUCAAGUACCUGAUGAGUGUACGAACUUAUAUUCUGACCACUUUGGGAUUUACGACCGUUGUAUUUUGUGUUGGUGCUGCAAGUUGGUGGACACCACAGUUGAUGACAUAUGCUUAUGGUAUGCAGCAUGGCAUGGAUGACGUUCCAAAGGAUGAAGUGGCACACAUUUCUGUGAUAUUUGGAGUAAUCACAUGUUGUGCUGGUAUUGUCGGCAUCAUUGCCGGCUCUACAGUAGCUCAGGCGUGGAGAGAAGGCAACUGGUGCUUUCGCGCUUCGCACCGUGCCGAUGCGUUCGUAUGUGCAGCUGGAUCACUACUUGCAGCUCCACUGUUAUUCAUUGCCUUAAUUGUCGGGAGUCACUCCCUUGAUUAUGCAUGGAUAUUACUGUUCUUGGGAGUCACUUGCAUGUGCCUCAACUGGGCGCUAAAUAUGGAUAUGUUGAUGAAUGUUAUCGUUUCACAUCGCCGCGCUUCUGCCACUGCCAUACAGACCUUGACAGGACAUUUGUUUGGUGAUGCCUCAUCGCCAUACAUCAUCGGUUUUAUUUCGGAUGCUGUGCGAGGUCUGCGUAAAGGAUCCUUAGCAUGUACGAAAUGUAUACCCAUAAGCGAUCAGACUUCCUCGGCAGCCAAGUACCAUGCUUUGCAAUGGGCGAUGUUUCUUCCGAAUGGUAUCCUUAUCCUUAGCAUUGGAUGUUACCUUUGGGCUACGUUUUAUAUUGUUGCUGAUCAUCAUCGCGCAAAACUUGAAAUGCAUGUGGAUGACGAGUGGGCCAGUGACGUCGAGAAUUUGGUACCCAAUGUUCAGCCUGGAGAGGGCGACGGAAUAAGCAAUAUAUUAUACGAGUGA